UUCACUGUUAUAUAGUUGAAGUGGUUCUUAUCUUCUUCUGGCUAAUUUGUUGCUUAUGCGCGUUUUGUUGUGAUGGAGAAUUUAGAUGCCGUGAAGCCUGAGGAAAUGAAGGCAUGUCCCCGUGGACACUGGAGGCCUGGAGAAGAUGAGAAGCUGAGGCAACUUGUGGAGGAGUUUGGUCCUCAGAACUGGAACACGAUCGCAGAGAAGCUGCAGGGAAGAUCAGGAAAAAGCUGUAGGUUGAGGUGGUUCAACCAACUAGACCCUAGAAUAAACAGAAGGCCAUUCACGGAAGAAGAAGAAGAAAGGCUUCUCGCCGCACACAGGAUUCAUGGCAACAAAUGGGCUAUGAUUGCCCGGCUUUUUCCAGGCAGGACUGACAAUGCUGUGAAGAAUCAUUGGCAUGUGAUUAUGGCCCGUAGGCAAAGAGAAAAAUCCAAGUUUCUAUGUAAGAACAACUCAUCAUCCGAAACAUGGCCGCCGGCUUUCUCAAACUUCAGCUUAACUUCAGAGAGAAGGAUCAAAUAUGGGAUCUUGGAGAGCACUCAUUACAUCAAAAUGCCAUUUUUAUCAUUCUGCAACGCUUACCGAGCCUGUUCCAUUAGUGGUGGAUUUGGUGGUGGGAGUGGAAGUGAAAAUGGAAGUGGGAUUAUGAGGAGUAUGAACGAUGUUCUGAGAAUUGGGUGCGGCUCUAAAAAAGCGAUUUUUAGUGUUAGUAAUGGUAGAGGUGGUGUUCAGUUUCCGGAAAAGAGUAAUGAUGAAGGUAGCUUUAGGCGUGAGGAUGUACCUUAUAUUGAUUUCCUUGGUGUUGGCAAAGAUUGCUGAGCAAUGGCACCGUUUGGUAAUAAUUGGCUUGGUUUGUUCAAAAAUAAGUUGUGUACAGAAAUAGGUAUCACUCACCAUGUUAUUUGUUUGGAAUUUAGAAUGGAGGUCUGAAGUCCGA